AUGCCGCGCCAUCUGCUGCUCCCGCUCCUCCUCGUCGCCGCGGUGGGCGCCUCCGGCGGGGACGCGGGAGGCGAGAGGACGUACAUCGUGCGGGUGGACGCCGACGCGAAGCCGUCGGCUUUCCCGACCCACGCGCACUGGUACGAGUCGGCGGUGCUGGCGGCGUCCGGGGGCGGCGGGGGGUGGCCCGAGGGCGGCCCGCUGAUCCACACCUACUCGUCGGCGCUCCACGGGUUCUCCGCGCGGAUGUCGCCGUCGGCCGCGGCGGCGCUGGCCGGCGCCCGCGGGGUGGCGGCCGUGCUGCCGGAGCGCGUCCGCCGCCUGGACACCACGCGCUCGCCGCGGUUCCUCGGGAUGCUCUCCUCCCCGCCCUCGGCCAUCCUCGCCGACUCCGACUUCGGCUCCGACCUCGUCAUCGCCGUCAUCGACACCGGCAUCUCGCCCGCGCACCGCAGCUUCCGCGACCGCGGCCUCGGCCCGGUCCCGCCCAGGUGGCGCGGGGCGUGCGCGUCCGGGCCCGGCUUCCCGCCCGGCUCCUGCAACCGCAAGCUCGUCGGGGCGCGCUUCUUCUCCGCGGGCUACGAGGCCACCUCCGGCCGGAUGAACGAGACCGCCGAGGUCAGGUCGCCGCUCGACAACGACGGCCACGGCACCCACACGGCCUCCAUCGCCGCGGGCCGCUACGUGUUCCCGGCGUCCACCCUCGGCUACGCCCGCGGCGUCGCCUCCGGGAUGGCGCCCAAGGCGCGCCUCGCCGCGUACAAGGUGUGCUGGGCGGGCGGCUGCUUCGACUCCGACAUCCUCGCGGCCUUCGACGCCGCCGUCACUGACGGCGUCGACGUUGUUUCUCUCAGCGUCGGCGGUGCCGUGGUGCCGUACUAUCUCGACGCCAUCGCGAUUGGGGCGUUCGGCGCGACAGAGGCUGGCAUCGUUGUGUCUGCUUCGGCCGGCAAUGGCGGCCCAGGUGGGCUCUCGGUGACCAAUGUGGCGCCCUGGAUGACCACCGUAGGCGCCGGGUCCAUGGACCGCGCCUUCCCGGCCAACGUGCGCCUCGGCAACGGCCAAGUGCUCGACGGGGUGAGCGUGUACGGCGGGCCGGUGCUCCAGUCCGGCAAAAUGUACGAGCUGGUGUACGCGGGGGCAACCAGUUACUCGGCGUCGACGUGCCUCGACGGGUCGCUGGACCAGGCGGCCGUGCGCGGGAAGAUCGUGGUGUGCGACCGCGGCGUGAACUCGCGCGCCGCCAAGGGCGACGUGGUUCACCGCGCGGGCGCCGCCGGGAUGGUGCUCGCCAACGGGGCGUUCGACGGGGAGGGCCUGGUGGCCGACUGCCACGUCCUGCCAGCCACCGCCGUCGGUGCAGCCGCCGGUGAGAAGCUCCGUAAGUACAUCGCGUCGUCCACCCCGCAGAAGCCGGCCACGGGCACCAUCCUGUUCGAAGGCACCCACCUCGGCGUGCACCCAGCGCCGGUGGUGGCGGCGUUCUCGGCGCGCGGCCCGAACCCCCAAUCUCCAGAGACACUCAAGCCGGACCUGAUAGCCCCCGGCCUGAACAUCCUCGCCGCGUGGCCCAGCGGCGUCGGCCCGGCAGGCAUCCCCUCGGACGGCCGGCGCACGGAGUUCAACAUCCUCUCCGGCACGUCCAUGGCCUGCCCGCACGUCUCCGGCCUGGCGGCGCUGCUGAAGGCGGCGCACCCGACGUGGAGCCCCGCGGCCAUCAAGUCGGCGCUCAUGACCACGGCCUACACCAGGGACAACAGUAACGGCACGAUGCUCGACGAGUCCACCGGCAAGGUGGCGGACGUGUUCGACUUCGGCGCGGGGCACGUGGACCCGAUGCGCGCCAUGGACCCGGGCCUCGUCUACGACAUCGCGCCGGCGGACUACGUCAGCUUCCUCUGCAACCUCAACUACACGGGGCAGAACAUCCGGGCGAUCACGCGGCGGCAGGCCGACUGCCGGGGCGCGCGCCGCGCCGGGCACGCCGGCAACCUCAACUACCCGUCCCUCUCCGUCACGUUCGUGGCGGACGGCGCGAGGGCGAAGAUGAGGACCCACUUCAUCCGGACGGUGACCAACGUGGGCGGCGGCAGGUCGGCCUACCGCGCGACCGUGAGGUCGCCGGAGGGGUGCAAUGUCACGGUGCGGCCCGACCGGCUGGCGUUCCGGCGCGACGGGCAGAAGCUGAGCUUCACGGUGCACGUGGAGGCCGCGGCGCGGGCGAGGAUGGAGCCCGGCAGCUCCCUGGUGAGGAGCGGGGCGCUGACGUGGGGCGACGGCAGGCACGCCGUGGUGAGCCCGAUCGUGGUGACACUGCAAGCGCCAGUGCAGUAGGCAUGCAAUGCAAGCUCGCCAUGAGAAGCUUGAUGGAUGGAUGGAGCCAAGUUGACACGAUCUCCGGCAUGUAGAGACCACGUAAUCUACUUACUACUACUAGUGGCUAUGAUUUGGAU